AUGGCCGCCGCGAACCCCCAAAAUGUCAUAAGAAGAAAGCUCGUUAUUGUUGGUGAUGGUGCCUGUGGAAAAACCAGUCUGCUCAGCGUCUUUACCUUGGGCUUCUUCCCAACUAACUAUAUCCCGACCGUCUUUGAGAAUUACGUCACCGACUGCCGCGUAGAUGGCAAGUCCGUCCAGCUUGCCCUCUGGGAUACCGCCGGUCAAGAAGACUACGAGCGACUGCGUCCGCUAGCUUAUGCCAAAGCUCAUGUUAUCCUCAUUGGCUUCUCCGUCGAUACCCCCGAUUCGCUCGACAACGUCAAGAACAAAGUACGCGACUCUGAUCCCGCAGGCCCCGAGCCGGUCACUCCCCUAACCCACCAUGUUCGUUUUUUAACUAACAGAGAAUUCUCCUUGCAGUGGAUCACAGAAGUUAUGGAUCUAUGUCCCGGCAUUCCCAUAAUCCUCGUCGGCCUCAAGAAGGACCUGCGCGAAGACCCAGUUGCCAUCGAAGAGAUGCGGAAAAAGUCCCUACGCUUCGUCACCACCCACGACGGCGAGUCGGUCGCCCGCGAAGUCGGUGCCAAGCGAUAUCUCGAGUGCUCCAGCCUCAGCGGCGAGGGCGUUGACGACGUUUUUGAAGCCGCCACCCGCGCCGCGCUGCUAACUUUCGAGAACGGCGAGGGCAGCGGUUGCUGUGUUGUUUUGUAG